CUGGUGUCACUCACGAUGGGUAACACCCGUGACGGUAGCGCCUCCGACCUGCUCCACAUGGAGAGAAUGCACCUGACCCUGCCAUCUCGCCUCCCUCUUUCACACUUGCACUCUCUCUCCUCGCACUCUCUCGCUCUGUCGCGUUUACUCAGCCAGGAUCUGGAGCCGCUUGCGCUGUCUGACUGUAAAAAGAAGCUACCACUCAAGCUUCCAAAAGAGGCGUUUGACAAAACCCCACCUGCUCCUACACCCCCAAGAGACCUGGACUCCAAAGCCUGUGUUACCAUUGGAGAUAAGAACUUUGUGGUGAAGGCAGAUGAUUUGGAGCAGAUCGGAGAGUUGGGGCGAGGGGCGUAUGGAGUGGUGGACAAGAUGAGACACGUCCCCAGUGGUGUAAUAAUGGCAGUAAAGCGGAUCCGGGCCACAGUAAACACGCAGGAGCAGAAACGGCUGCUAAUGGAUCUGGAUAUCUCAAUGAGAACAGUCGACUGCUUUUACACCGUUACCUUCUAUGGAGCCCUUUUCAGAGAGGGUGAUGUGUGGAUCUGCAUGGAGCUGAUGGACACCUCUCUGGAUAAGUUCUAUAAGCAGGUGCAUGAGAAGGGCAUGAACAUCCCAGAGGACAUCCUGGGCAAGAUCACCGUCUCUAUCGUAAAAGCAUUGGAGCAUCUCCACAGCAACCUGCAAGUGAUACACAGAGAUGUGAAACCCUCUAACGUCCUGAUAAACAUGCAGGGUCAGGUGAAAAUGUGUGAUUUUGGCAUCAGUGGGUACCUCGUGGAUUCGGUGGCGAAGACAAUGGAUGCCGGCUGCAAGCCAUACAUGGCGCCUGAGAGAAUCAACCCAGAGACCAAUCAGAAAGGCUACAAUGUCAAGUCUGAUAUCUGGAGUUUAGGAAUCACAAUGAUCGAGCUGGCCAUUCUGCGGUUUCCCUAUGACUCAUGGGGAACGCCGUUUCAGCAGCUCAAGCAGGUGGUGGAAGAGCCGUCGCCCCAGCUGCCUGCAGACCGCUUCUCAGCCGAGUUUGUGGACUUCACGUCACAAUGCUUAAGGAAGAAUUCCAAAGAGCGGCCAACUUACGCAGAACUAAUGCAACAUCCCUUUUUCACCAUCCAUGACUCCAAAGACACCGACGUCGCUAGCUUUGUGAAGAGCAUCCUUGGGGACUGAGACGGAGUGCAUUCAAAACUGACGUGUUACCGUAUGGGGGGGAGGGGGGAGAUGGGACAAUUUCAGAAAAAGCACCAAUAGCAAGACUAACACCUGUAAGACACGCCCACCUCAGCUGCCAGCAGUGCACAGGUACUCAGGAGGAUCUGUGGGGUGGGGGGGCACCAAAACUGAGGGUGGGCGGGGCGUUUCCUAGCAACACACGAAGUAGGGCAUGGGACAGGAAUCUCAGCGCGUGUGUGUGUGCAUGUAUGUAUGCGUGUGUGUGUGUGUGUGUGAAUUCUUUGCCUGCAUGUAUGUGCAUACAUCUGCAUUAAAAGGUUUUACAGUCCCAAGUCAAACUUCAUCUAUUGUUCAAUCCCAGUUCCUCCUCCAGCUUUACCUCUCAAUCCAAAAAGAAAAAGCAGUUUUAGCAUCAGGUGAGUGUGUUAUAGAUGUCUGUUGAGUUUCCCCAGUGGCACUUCAAUGUAAUUCUCAAAGUAUUCAGCAAUGUUAUCCACCCCCACGACGUCCGGUUCUUCAAAAAAAAUCAAAAAAAAAAAAAAAAAUUAAAAGAAAAAAAAAGAGAGUGGUAUUGAUAUAUUUAUCUAUUAUCUAGAUAUGUAUAUAUACUCAAAAAAUAUUUCUUGAAUUUGUUAAAUGAGUAUAUGAGGAUAAUAUUGUGUUGGCUGUAAGGAGUGAUGGUUAUUAAAGUGUAUGAAUGGAGCAUCUUUCUUGUUUUCCUGGAUUUGCAAAGACUUAUUUGUGCAUCUGUCACUGAAGGCUUAUCAGUUUAUAAAUGCUGUCUCAAUCAGACGUUAACAGCCAGAAGUGAAAAGCCCGCGGUGGUUGGUAGCAAACACUGCUUUUCACAUACCCUCCAUGAACUCUGUGUGUGUGUGACUAAAUGGGUGUACGCUUGUGUGUGCUUUAUAUGCUAUUCCUCUAUAUACCAAGGUAAUUUUGGGCAAAAGGUAUCUUUUGGCUACAUCUAGACCUCUCUGUUCUGAGCCAAUCAAAUAAUUCUCACUCUUUUCAAUUGCAAUCCAACUGGAAAUUAUAUUAUUAUUAUUAUUAUUAUUAUACACAGUGCAUAUGUAUUAACAGUAAUGAGGUGUUCUGCAGUUUCUGUAUGUGUUGUAACUGCUGUUUUUCUCAUUGGAAACUUGACAAUUUCUUUUUAAUUUUAAAGUGGUGUGCAGGUAUGAGCGUGUGGUCAUUUGUGUGCAUUAAAGUGAGCGAGAGAAAGUGUGUGCGUGCAUGCAUGUGAGCGUUAUAUAAAAGUCUGAACACACAUAGCUGACACUUCUUUCAAAGCCUCACUGUGACUCGGAAGCCUGAUUUUGUGCCUCUCUAUAGAUAAAAAGCAAAAAAAACAAAUAAAAAAAAAAACACCUACAUUAAAACAAACUACAAUAGCCACGCUGCUUUGUCACUAAGACAUGCUUUGCUUUCCACAUGCUUCAGAUAGUGGAGGAAGUCUGUUGCGUUGCUUUCUGGGCUUCAGGUUUUAUUCUCGUAUCAUUUCUGUAAGGUGAAGAUGAUGAAUGUGUGCGUGUUUUUUUUUUUUUUUUUUUUUGUCUUGUGACCACUGUAUACAGAAUGGAUAACACUGCUGAUUUGCCUGUAAUCGUUAUAUUGUUUGAUUCAAACAUAAAAGUUCUCUUAUAUCUUC